AUGGGUGGCAUAACACGUCUUCUCCUUCUGCUGUGGGUUGGUGUUACAGUGAGCUCAGCAAUGGAUCUGCAGAAGAGAAUCAUUGGGGGUGAAACGUGUAACGACAAUCGGCGGCGCUACCAUGUCAAAAUAAUAAAUGAAGACGAUGAUUUAUUAUGUGGUGGAUCUCUAAUCAGUAACAAGUGGAUUCUUACUGCAGCUCACUGCCGGGAAGGGCAUAUGACAGCAGUUUUAGGUGUGCAUUCAGGUCAGACAACAGAAGUGAAAAUCUCAACAUUUGAGAUCUACACCGACAGCCAGGGCAGGCAGCAUGACAUCAUGCUGCUGCAGCUACCCAAUCCCACUGACAUUACCCCCGUAACACUUCCUAGCUGCCAAAGUCGUCCCAGUGUAGGUGCAACAGUUGAGAUUGCAGGUCACGGACCCAUAGACCCAGGCCUCAACAAUGACAAAGAUUAUUUUUCCGGCAUGGAACAUAUUGAAUCAGACGACCUCCAAUGUUUAGAGACCACGGUUGUCGACUGUAAGAAUCUCAGAGAGCUGAUUAAAGGCCCACGCCCAGACAAACUGUAUCAACACUGGUUCUGUGCCUUCAAGGAAAAUGUGGACUUAGGCAAAGGUGACUCUGGUGGAGGAGUGGUGUAUAAUGACCAAAUCUACGGUGUCCAUUCAUUCUCCGGUGACCCAAAGUAUUACUUUCGAGCACCAGUUGGCUUUAUGGAUGUCUGUGCGUAUAUGGAGUGGAUCAAUACUGUUAUAAGGAGACAGUAA